AUGGAGCAGAGGAGGCAGAGCUGUGGUCUGGAGGAGGGAGUGAGUCAUGAGUCACUGUGUCCCAGUCCCUGUGUCCCAGUCCCUGUGUCUCAGUCCCUGUGUCCCAGUCCCUGUGUCCCAGUCCCUGUGUCUCAGUCCCUGUGUCCCAGUCCCUGUGUCCCAGUCCCUGUGUCUCAGUCCCUGUGUCCCAGUCCCUGUGUCCCAGUCCCUGUGUCUCAGUCCCUGUGUCCCAGUCCCUGUGUCCCAGUCCCUGUGUCCCAGUCCCUGUGUCUCAGUCUCUGUGUCUCAGUCCCUGUGUCCCAGUCCCUGUGUCUCAGUCCCUGUGUCUCAGUCCCUGUGUCCCAGUCCCUGUGUCUCAGUCCCUGUGUCUCAGUCCCUGUGUCUCAGUCCCUGUGUCCCAGUCCCUGUGUCUCAGUCCCUGUGUCCCAGUCCCUGUGUCCCAGUCCCUGUGUCUCAGUCCCUGUGUCUCAGUCCCUGUGUCCCAGUCCCUGUGUCUCAGUCCCUGUGUCCCAGUCCCUGUGUCCCAGUCCCUGUGUCUCAGUCCCUGUGUCCCAGUCCCUGUGUCCCAGUCCCUGUGUCCCAGUCCCUGUGUCUCAGUGGUUCUAG